AGACCAAGGUGAGCAGCUCCUACCCGACGCUUGGCUCUUGAUUCUCAGGGUCGCGGGGAAUUGGCCGCAGGCGUCCGGGGCUGGGAACAGAAAGCGGGACCUGGGGGUCAUGGGGGAUCCGGACAGAGACCGCUCUUGGGCGUGCACGGGCCUGGCGUUCGCUGGUGCUCAGCGUAAGGCUCUGUGAGGAGCGUCCAGCACCCGGACGUCACCUGGCCUGGUAGGGAACGGAACCCGGGGCGCGCAACGCUGUGGGCGGCCCUGCCAGGCCUCUGCUCCGAGCACGGGAAACCGCGAUUUUGAUGCGGCUCAUCGCGAAAGCUUCGUCGUUUUGUUUACCUGGCUCUCUUUAACACUUUUGUAAGAGGAAAAAUUGGCUUGCAAUACAUAUCGAUGGCUGUUUGCGGCUACCAUCAGAAGUUGAAUUAUUCUAAUAAUUAGCUAUUUUAUAAAGGUAACGAGAAAAAAAUACAGUAUGUCUGAUGAAGUUUUUAGCACCACUUUGGCAUAUACAAAGAGUCCAAAAGUUACCAAAAGAACGACUUUCCAGGAUGAGCUAAUAAGAGCAAUUACAGCUCGCUCAGCCAGACAAAGGAGUUCUGAAUACUCAGAUGACUUUGACAGUGAUGAGAUUGUUUCCUUAGGUGAUUUUUCUGACACUUCAGCAGAUGAAAAUGCAGUUAAUAAAAAAAUGAAUGACUUUCAUAUAUCAGAUGAUGAAGAAAAGAAUCCUUCAAAACUAUCGUUUUUGAAAACCAAGAAAUCAAACAGUAACAUAACCAAAGAUGAGCCAGUGUGUGCCAUCAAAAAUGAAGAGGAAAUGACACCUGAUGGAUGUGAAGACAUUGUUGUAAAAUCUUUCUCUGAAUCUCAAAAUAAGGAUGAGGAAUUUGAAAAAGACAAAAUAAAAAUGAAACCUAAACCCAGAAUUCUUUCAAUUAAAAGCACAUCUUCAGAAAACAACAGCCUUGACACAGAUGAUCACUUUAAACCAUUACCUCGGCCAAGGAGUAUGUUAAAAAAGAAAAGUUGCGUAGAGGAGAAAGAUGGACUAGAAGAUAAAGAAACUGCCCUCAGUGAAGAAUUGGAGUUACAUUCUGCACCUUCUUCCCUUCCAACGCCGAAUGGCAUACAAUUAGAAGCUGAGAAAAAAGCAUUCUCUGAAAACCUUGAUCAUGAGGAUUCAUGCUUAACAAGUCUAGCAUCAUCAUCACUUAAACAAAUUCUUGGAGAUUCUUUUUCACCAGGAUCUGAGGGAAACGCAUCUGGAAAAGAUCCAAAUGAAGAAAUCACUGAAAACCAUAAUUCCUUGAAAUCAGAUGAAAAUAAAGAGAGUUCAUUUUCAGCAGACCAUGUGACUACUGCAGUUGAGAAAUCCAAGGAAAGUCAAGUGACUGCUAAUGACCUUGAAGAAGAAAAGGCAAAAGCGGAACUGAUUAUGGAUGAUGACAGAACAGUCGAUCCACUACUAUCUAAAUCUCAGAGUAUCUUAAUAUCUACCAGUGCAACAGCGUCUUCAAAGAAAACAAUUGAAGAUAGAAAUAUGAAGAAUAAAAAGUCAACAAGUAAUAGAGCAUCCAGUGCAUCUGCCAGAUUAAUGACCUCUGAGUUUUUGAAGAAAUCUAGUUCUAAAAGGAGAACUCCAUCGACAACUACCUCUUCUCACUAUUUAGGGACUUUAAAAGUCUUGGACCAAAAACCUUCACAGAAACAGAGCAUAGAACCUGAUAGAGCAGAUAACAUAAGGGCAGCUGUUUAUCAGGAGUGGUUAGAAAAGAAAAAUGUAUAUUUACAUGAAAUGCACAGAAUAAAAAGAAUUGAAAGUGAAAACUUAAGGAUCCAAAAUGAACAGAAAAAAGCUGCUAAAAGAGAAGAAGCAUUAGCAUCAUUUGAGGCCUGGAAGGCUAUGAAAGAAAAGGAAGCAAAGAAAAUAGCUGCCAAAAAGAGGCUUGAAGAAAAAAACAAGAAGAAAACUGAAGAGGAAAAUGCUGCGAGAAAAGGAGAAGCACUACAAGCUUUUGAAAAAUGGAAAGAGAAAAAGAUGGAAUAUCUUAAAGAGAAAAAUAGAAAGGAGAGAGAAUAUGAAAGAGCAAAGAAACAGAAAGAGGAGGAAACUGUUGCCGAGAAAAAGAAAGAUAAUUUAACUGCUGUUGAAAAAUGGAAUGAAAAAAAGGAAGCUUUUUUCAAGCAAAAGGAAAAAGAAAAAAUAAAUGAGAAAAGAAAGGAAGAACUGAAAAGAGCUGAGAAAAAAGAUAAAGAUAAACAAGCUAUUGAUGAAUAUGAAAAAUGGCUGGAAAAUAAGGAAAGACAAGAAAGAAUUGAACGAAAACAGAAGAAACGUCAUUCCUUUCUUGAAAGUGAGGCACUUCCUCCGUGGAGCCCUCCAAGCAGAACUGUGUUCGCAAAAGGGUUUUGAUAAUUCUAGUUCUUACAUUAUUUAGUUAUUUAUUGGUUUGCCAAUAUUAGCCAUAGAUUUAAAACCAUUCAAUUAUUUAUAGUUAGAGGAAUAUAUUUUAAUUAAAUGCCAGACACUCCUGCUGAUAAUGAAAGAGAUACUUUGGAGUGUAAUCAGUGAAAGCAUUUUUUUGAACUGUAGAUAAACUGCCUCAAAUGAAGAUCUAAUAAUCAGAUUGUUUUUACCAUUAAGAUACAUAAGAUUUUAUCAUGUCCUGAUAAUUCUUAUAGUGGAGUGAUUCAUGAUCUUUUUCAUUAAGCUCUGUAUGUUAUUUAAGUAUAUUUAAUUCCAGUAAUAAAAAGGAAAUCAUCUAGGUACCAUAAUGAUAGAAAUUAUUCCUUUUGUGGAUGAUUGUGAAUCUAGAUUCAGGUUUUUAAAUGAAUGGUCGCUGGGAAGUGUGCAUAUAUUAUUCCUUCUGAAACUGAUGUUUAGCUCAGAGCAGUUGCGUUUGUACUGUGCAAGUUAGAAUUUUGAUCAAUUGAGGCAGUAGUUCAGUAGAACUCUAAUAAUCAAGGCUUUUUAUUUAAGAAUUUUGCCUUAUGUUUUAAUAUGAGUAUACUUUAUCUGUUCCAGGCUUAUGUGACAAUCAUAGGCACUUUAUAGUGAGUCCACCUCUGAAAUUUUUCUUUCUGAAUUCUAUCUCACUUUAUUAUUUCAGUGAUACCAAAAGACAUCAAUGUCACAGUAGUGAUGUGUAUUAGUUAUGGAAAUUCCAUAGGAGUUCAAGGUCAUCAUCACUAUAAUUAUUUUUCCAGACUAAAGCCAUAAAGGUGAUUUAGGCAAUUAUUGUCAUCUUAGCUAGUCCAGUUUUAUAGCUUAUAUUCAGAAGACAGCUGUAUGGGAAGGUAAAUAUGUUGACAAUGUCCACAAGCCUUUAUUUAUUUAUUUAUUUAUUUGAUCUCUGCAUGUCCUUGUAGUAACUGGUCUUAUAUUUGACCUGGUCAUCUGGUUUAAGACAGACCAAGUGUAUGCUCACAGAGUUGAAAUGCAUUAGUCAAUAGUGCAAUGUGGAGAUGAUGGAUGAGAAUACACAGUUCCUAUUUAUUGAGCAUCUAAUAUAUAAUCUCUACUGGAUGUUUACAAAUGUAUUUAACAUCUUUACAACAACUUUUCAGGGUAGGUGUUACUGGCUUCAUCUUACAUAUAAAAAUACUGACGCUCAGAUAAACCAAGUAACUUACCGUCCAUCUGGAGUGUGCCUGAAUUGAGAUCAAACGGGAUUCAGUCUGUCUCACUGAAUCUGCCUCCUUCUGAAAUCUCUAUGCUCUUUUUCACACUUCUCUGUAGCCUCAGAGACUGCUAAGUUCUGUCAAGACCUCUGCAUAAUAUCAACGUUACAAACAAACACGUUUUAACUUUUAGAGCCUAAAAUCAUGUAUUGUUAUCCAAAGAUGAUCUUUCUCUACAGAAAUAGCUGCUUGUUCUUAGAGAUGGUGGAGUCAUUAAAUCUAUAAAGUGAGAUAAAAAUCCAUAAGAUUUCAUGAGUUACUCAGGCAUCUUAUAACUACUAUCAGAAUAUCAGAAAACUCAGCAAGUUAUGUGACAAAGGCUUUGAGAGGUCACUCCAGACGUUUCACAUACUGAGCGUCAGCCUUCUUGCUACAGUGCAUGUGCAAGAUAAGAUGUCAUAGGCUGCUUUGUAAGAUUGUAUCAGUGCUAUAGACAAUUAAGAGAAAUUUCAUAGAUAAAACUAGAACCCUUUCUAUAUGGCCAGAACUAUAAUACUUUAUGAAAUUGAUCUGAUUAUCAGCAAUAUGUAGUAUCAGCAUGGAAUUUAGGACCUCUUUUACUCAUUCCUGUGUCCCCCAUAGUACCAAAAACAGUGCCUGCCAAAAUAGAUUAAGUGUUUAUUGUAUUAGCUGUUUAGAGCUAAAAAGAUAUUUACAAAUUCCAGAGAAGUAAAAGGAAAAAAAUUGAAAAAGGUACAGCUGCUUUUGGGGAUGUGAGAUCAUGAAUGUAUAUCUUACAGAUUUCACAUUAAUUAUUUACUUUCCAAUUAUUUUCUAAUACAUGAUCAUAUUUAGUGGCUAACCGUUAUUACCUCUUAGGUUGUUGUGAGAACUGAGUUAAUUAAUGUAAAGUAUUUGACACAUAAUAAGGACUUAAAUGUUCAUUGUUGUCAUUAUUGAUUUAUUACCAUGAGCCCUACAUUUCCCCAUUUAAUGAGUGUGAGAACAUUAACAUAGAUAGGGUUGAUAAUGGUUAUUUGACAUUAUACAUUUUUAGCAAGAAGAAAUUUCUGUCUUGCUGGCUAGUCCAGGCUGUAACACUCAAAAAAAAUAUAGAAAGAUGCCUUGUAUUACGGCCUUCCUAAAAAGAAAGCUAAGUAAGUAUUAAUUUCUUAGGAUUGUUUCUGAGGUAGGAUGAGGUGUUUGCAUAGAUGCAACAAGUCAUUCACUUCAAUUUUUUUUGGUCUUACUAUGAUAAAUAACAUAUUAUUUCCUGUUUACAGCAACCUGCUCUGAAAUUAACUAGUUGAAUAAAAUCACCUCUUCUAGCACAAAUAAAGCUGAGUUUGGGGAGGUGGGUGAAAAUACAGCACUGUUGUUUACUUCCUAAGAUCCAAGGGAGAGAAUCAAGGUUGGUAAUAUUCUCUUGAAUAUACAUUUACCUAUUUAAAAGGUAUGAUUUUCCCAUAUUUCCUUAGGAAGUAUGUCAUGUCAAUAUAGAUAUUUAUUCAUUAGGUUUACAUUAAUUUGUAUAAUAAGGGAAUGUUUAAUUCAAAUUAAGGACAUUAAAAGUAUAUAGACUUUCAUAUAAAAGUUCCGGUUUGAUAAAUUGCGUUGAUCACUUAAAGAAUGCAGAGAUCUCAAAGUAAAGAAAACAAAUUUUAUGAAUAUUUUAAAACAUUACUUAAAACAAGUUUCCUUAAAAAGCACAUUUGUGGAUAAGUUUAAAUAUUACUACUAAAUAAUAAAGUAGUAUACAGAAUUUAAGUUUCAUAAUAAUGAAGAAAGUGGUAAUGCUAUGUAACUUAAAAGACGCAAUAUGGCAUUUUAGAUCAAGAGGUUAAAGUUUUCUUGAUGAAAGAAAGUAACUAUGGGGUAAAAAUAUUCCAGUGGUUUGUAUUUGCUUCAUACCUCAAAAAUGUUAGUCCAUUUAUUGUUUAAAGUUAUAUUGAAACUGAUAUUUUCACUGUUGCCAAAGCAGUACCUGACAGUAGAUAGGUAUCCACAGUCUUAUGUUCCUUAGAGUUAUAGAACUAUGCCUCUGAAAGGGGUUUUAAUACUUUAAUAAACCUGGCCUAAACUGUUUAAUUUCUAAGUUGAAGAAACUGAUUGUCAAGUACUUUGACUUGUCCAAUCUCAUACAACUAACUAUGGUACAUCUAGAGUUAGAUCUCAGUAUCAGGUGUCCCGUUGUAUUCUGCUCACCAUUCCACAAUUUCGAUAUUGAUAAAACUUUCAAACUAACUUUUGAACUGUGGUUAUUAUUAAUUUAGUUGAUUCAUGUCCUCUUAUUUAUCUCCUUACUCCUCCACUGCCGCCUUCAUAACUGUCCACCAGAUCAAAGCUAUUUGGGUACCUACACUUUAAAGUGUGGGGAAAUAAUGAAGUUUCUUAAAUCCUGUGUCAUGGACUAAGAUACAGUAAAGAAAAGGAAUUUCACAAAGUAGGGGAAAUUACAUGUUAGUUAUAAUCAUUCCCAAGAAUAAACUAGUAAAGGAAACUUAGAUUUCCCUAAUUUAAUCUUGACUCCGAUUUCGAUAGUGCUAUAUAAAAAGGUAUUUAAACCCAUAUGCUUCCUUUUACAUAAGAGAAAGAUAUCAACUUUCCUAGUUUGCAUUUACACUGGCUAAUAGGAUAAUAAAAUGCUGUGUAGAUGUUAAACUGGAAGUUUCUCUGAGUUAUUUUUACUUUAAAAUUUCAUGUGAUUAUGCCAUUUUGAAUAUGUAUAUUACAUGUAAUUGUAUAAUGUUAACUUGGGUAGGCAAAAUUCUUGGUAUUGAAUUUAGGAUGUUUAAAAAAUUAUUGAGAAGAUACUAAUGUCUGCUUUUUGAUAGCAUAUUUUCAUGUAAUGUUUAAUGUAUUAAAAUCAACCAUUCAAGAUUUAUUUUAUUGGGUGACACUAUUGACUGUGUUCCAAAAUGCCCAUAGUGUUAGGAAAUGUGGUGUGAGUUUUAUUUGUGGGCUAAGGAUGAAAUAAUCAUAUUAUGCUAAUAUACCUUUUAUUAUAAACGACUAAAAAUUUGGAUAUAAAACUGAUGUUUUACUACACAAAUUACAGAGAGAGAUAAUAUAAUUAUAUAAUUAUUAAAUAAUUAGAAACUGCAAAUAAGCAAAAGUCGCCCAUGUUCCCAGUUCUCAUCUCCCAAAGAUAAUUAUAACUAACAUUUUGUACUCUUCCCAUUAAUUAGUUUCUAGUGUACUUUCUCCUGUAGCUGAAAUUAAGCUGAGAAAAAAGGAAGAGAGAGUUCCUUCCUCCUCUGUCUCCCACUCUGUCUCUCUCCUGUGCUAUCUGUGUGUAUAUACAAAUAUGUAUGCAUAUAUAUAAUGUACAUAAUAUAUAUAAAAUACAAAUACUAAUGUGCAUAUGUGCAUAUUUUCAAACAUACACAUAUUUUUUAUUAUUUGAAAUAAUGAGAUCAGACUACAUACUGGUAGCCAGAUUUUUUUCACUCAGUGAUAUAUCAUGAACAUAUUUCCAUGCUAAUAUAAUUUUCUAAUAAUUUUAGAUGCUGUAACUACAAUUUAAUUGUUAAUGGGCAAUUUGUUGCUUUACAAAUGGUAAAUUAUAUGAUAAAUAAUAUGAUCAUUAUUCUUGUAGCCAAUAUCAUUAUUAGAAAUGAUGGGCCAGGCGCAGUGGCUCAUGCUUGUAAUCCCAGCACUUUGGGAGGCCGAGGCGGGCGGAUCACGAGGUCAGGAGAUUGAGACCACGGUGAAACCCCGUCUCUACUAAAAAUACAAAAAAUUAGCCGGGCGUGGUGGCGGGCGCCUGUAGUCCCAGCUACUCGGAGAGGCUGAGGCAGGAGAAUGGCGUGAACCCGGGAGGCGGAGCUUGCAGUGAGCCGAGAUUGCGCCACUGCACUCCAGCCUGGGCGACAGAGCGAGACUCCGUCUCAAGAAAAAAAAAAAAAGAAAUGAUGGACCGCAUUAAAGCUAUAAAAUUAAAUAAGAAUUUAUAAAUGUAAGGAAUUAUUCAGACAUCUUGUAUCUAGUAUUACAAUUUCAGAAAACUCAGCAGGUUAUAUGACAUAUACACUUUGAGAUAGUCACUCAGAAGUUUUCACAUAUAGGAUUAACCUUGCUGCAGUGCAUGUGCAAGAUUAAAAAAGAUGUCAUGGGUCACUUUGUAAUGUCCUAUCAUUGCUGUUGAUAAAUAAAGGAAAUGUUGUUAUAAAUAAAA